AUGCUGAGAACGAUGCGGCUCCUACUCACAAGUGUCCUUGCCAUAUUGGCCCCUGCCUUGGUCUGUUCAUUUCAUCCUACACAACGACUGAACCGACCCAACAACAAUCCUCUGCUACUACAAGCCACCACGAGUCCACGGGAAACUUCUCUUUCCGCUACACGACAGCAAGAAGCCCAAGGACUGCUGGAUAUAUUGCUAGGUCGGUACGCCAACAAGUCCAGUGGUGACGAUGGCGAUUCCAUUGAUGGCAUUAUUGGAGAUUUGAUUGACAGUUUGUCGCAAGCUCGGGUAUCUUUUGAUCCUGCCGAGACGUUCAAUGGACCUCUCUAUGCGGUGCUACACCAACAAGGCCCCAAGAAACCACUGUGGGAGAAAAUCAGUCUAUUCUCCAACAAUAAUGUCAAGGGACAGCAGUACACUUACAAUGCCGACACCAAAGAGUUUGAUCUUGUCAAUUAUGCCGAAAUUCUUGGAAAAGGUGUGUUCAUUCAAGUGGAGGGCACGGCGAAAGAAUCAAAGAGACCCGUUUCCCAGGCAGAAGACAGCAAUGACCAGUCUGAAACUUCAGCUCCAACCUCGUCACUGUUGGAUGGCAUUACCUCUUUCUUUGGGUCGGACAAGAGGGAACAAUCCUCAACAACACAACAAUCAUCAUCAUCAUUAUUGCAAUGUCCCUGUGACAUUGUCGCCACAGUGGCGGGCGGUGGACUGUACGUGGGUGGGAACAAGCUGUUUGGCCUCGACUUUAUCCAAGGGACUGGUUUGGUCCGCGUAUUGUAUGCCGAUCCCAAUCUACGUAUAUUAGAAUCGCCCUAUCAAAAUAAUGGUGGAUGGGAAGAUAAGGGCCUUAUUGUCGUGCAAGUGCGACAGGAUCUUAUUCCGCAAUAA